UCAUCUGCAGCACCAAGUAUGGCAGGUGUGCAAUUUGGUAGUGAUACAAGAAACCGUGGGAAUCCAUUUGGAGCACCCAAUUUCACGCAGUGUUUCCAAAGAUACUUCACUCCAAAUAAUAUCGGGAAUAACACAAAUGAUGUAGGUAAGCUGGGUACUACAAAUAUAGACAUUGAUGAACCGAUCGUCAUAACAGGUUACAAUGAACAACUAGGAUUCAAUUCAAACACGGGGUUUAACUCUACACUACCCCGUGGGUUGUACGGUUCACCAAUGAACAAUGCCAGUGGUACCGGUAAAUUGAGUUCAACAAACAUAACAGUUAAUCAACCUAUCACAAUAACAGAACAAAAAGGCGUCAUGUUUGGUAUCCAACCGACUAUGUCGCAGCCAGUACAGGGACUUUAUGGCCAACCUAUUAUUACUACAAGUGCAGGUACGCUGUCAACAACAAAUAUAAUCGUCAAAAAACCAAUAACUAUAUCAGGAACCCCGAAUACAUUUAAAUUUGGCAUUAACCCAACACAGGCGACUAAUUUCGGAUACUUUAAUACCCCUAUUACAACAAAUGCAUUGGAAAAGCUGUGUACUACUAAUAUUAAGGUCAAUAAACCGAUUUCCAUAACAGGUAAUUUUGGACGCAAUACCUCUUGUAUGCACAAUUGUAAUUGCCGACCACAUUAAUUUAUACAUAUGUUUUAAAGUAUUUUAACGAGCGAUGAAAUAAUCCAAAACUACAUCACACCAAGAAAAUAAAAUGUUACCUUAUUGUAACAUUUUACAAACCAUGUAAAGAAAGCCGAGGACAAAGCAGAUAAUUACUUAUGUUAUUGUUUUCAUUAAGUAUACUGUGAAUACUUUAUUUAUAUCAUUUAAAUUGAUGGCAUUUAUACUCUCAGUUACCAUUUGUGAUAACAAUUUAGAAAUAGGAAUAAAUGUUCACUCACACAACAUGACGAGAAGUUUUUGUAUGUGUGCGUGUUAGGUGAUAAAGUUAUCGAAAGUAAACUUAAUAUUACAACAUUUAUUUUGGAAAACUACUACUAAGGUAUUUCAUGUAUAUCUACUAUUUGAUGUCUAUUAUCAGGUUACUCAAUCAAAAUAAAUUGAUAUUUUUCAAUGUUGUAACACUUUACAUCUAAUCGUCAACCUAAGGGUUAUUAGCACUGCGGAUUUUGAUCACCAGCGCUAAUAUUAGUUGUUUAAAUUACAAUUAAAUGUAUUAUAUCUGUGGACUAAAUGUUUUAUUGUCUAAUAAAGUGGAUAGGAUUUCGAUAAAUUAAUUAUCACCAUAAUUGUAUAUUUUAAAUCAAUUGAUAUGUUGUGUAACU